AGUGUAUUUCAUUAAAAUAUGGGGAGUUUAAGUAAUUUACCCUUUUAGUAUUUAUAAGUUAUAACAUUGUUCUUUAGCUCACCAAACUUCAUUCAAUUUCUUCAGGUUGACCAUUGUUUUCCCAUUUCAACUCUUGCGAGCAGAGUGGAGAAGGCCGACAAAACAUAUUUCAUAUCCUCUGUUCUCAGAAUAAUAUUCUAAGCAAAAUGGAAGUAGUACUAAAUUCAUCCCAAGCACAACAAGAGCAAUUUCAGAACAAAAAUCGAGACAUUAUCAGCAGUUUGCCAAGUGCGGUUAUCUGUCGCAUUUUGUCAUUUAUGCCGACGAAAGAUGCUGUGGGAACAAGCAUAUUGUCUAGAAAAUGGCGGUACGCUUGGAUCGCUGUUCCUGUAUUAGAUUUUGAUAUUACCUUACCCUUUAAUGAAGGAACUCCUAAGCAAUCAGAAGAAAAAUGCUUUAAGCAAUUUGUAAACAGAGUGCUGAUUCUUCGUUGUGAUAAAAUUGAAACCUUACGCCUUAAAGUAAUUAACAUUUCAGAGCGUCUCUAUGACCACGUAAAUUUGUGGAUUUGCUCAGCAGUUAUGCGAAAUGUUGAGGAGCUUGAUCUGGAUUGCAAGUCAUUUGAGCUUCCACAAAUCCUCUUUAGUUGCAAGACAAUAAAGAUCUUGAAGCUUCGUCAGCAUAAGGAUAAGGAUUUUAAGAUUAUUGAAUCUGUGAGCCUUCCAAGACUCAAGGUGCUUCAUCUUUUAGCAUUUAGUGCUGCUAAUUUGGAGAAGAUCUUAUCUGGCUCCCCAGUUCUCGAAGAACUAGUGGUUCGUAGAGAUUCUUCAGAUUAUCUUACAAUCUCCUUGAAUGUCGUGUCAUCUUCACUGAAACGUCUAACAAUUUAUCAGAACACUAUUCGGAGAGGAGUGGACAUUCGAAGAGUGGUUGUAAAUGCCCCGAAACUUGAGUUUUUCGAGCUAGAUGAUUUUUUUUCUGGAUAUUUUACAGUGAUGAAGGUGUCAUCCCCAAUUAAAGCAGUUAUUGAUGUUAGGAGUUCCUGUAAAAAUCAUGCAUUAAGGAUUCUUAAAAGAAUCCCUAACGUCAGUGAUUUAUGCUUAUCUGCAUAUACAGUCCAGGCUCUCUUGAGGGGAUCUGAUGAAAAAUUUCCAAGGUUCAAUUUUUUGACUCGACUGGAGAUGACAGCUUAUGAAAAUGGAUGGUUUAUGCUGCCAAAGAUACUGAAAUGGUCACCCAAUUUGGAGGCCUUAACCCUUUAUAGUUAUGAGGUCAUCACAUCAAUUCAUAUAGAUGAUGAUGGUUAUGAAUUUCUUGAUGACACUAUCUUUAACGAGGAAAUGUCGGUGCCCAGUUGUUUGCUGUCAUCUCUUGAGAGUCUUGAACUUAAAAGAUUUGAAGGAGAUGAAGCAGAAAUGGAAGUUUUAGAAUAUUUCUUGAAGAAUGCAUCUAUGUUGAAGAUACUGAAAAUUUCAGUUACCGUUGGGGUUGAGAAAGAGGCCGAAAUUCUCAGGAUGCUGCUUACGUUUCCAAGGGCCUCACCGAAAUGCAAGAUCGUAUUAACUUGAAGUUGUUUUUUUAUGGAAGAGAGACAAAAAGCUAGGCUCUUAUUAGAAGGUAUGGAAGAGUAUAAAUUUAUACACUUCUGCAGCAAAUAUGCUUCAUUUUGAGCUUUAUCCAAAAUAUUGGUCACUUCAUGCUGAUGUUAGAGACUCUUGAAUCUCUAUUCUGUAACCCUAUGUUGGCUUUCAUGUUUCUAACUUAAUGUAGAGAACAUUGUAUCUGGCUGUCCAAAUCUUGAAGGCAGUCCGUAUUUUGUACAACUACUAAGAUAAUCGGUAAUGUCAGUGUCGUAAGCUUUCUUCA